AUGCAAGGAAAAACAGACACUGGAGCAGCCACCUGGUCAAACCUCGCGGGCGUCGUGAGGACAUUGAGACAGCUGCCACAAUACCUUCGACGGGUGUUCAGAGAGAAUGGCUACCCGUGCUACUUCGUCAACCGGUGCUUGCGCAAACGAGAUGGCCAACAAAAGCACGCCGACCCCAAGAUUUGGCGUUCGAUCCCGUACGUCGAAAACGUAUCGAAAGCCGUCGGCCGCCUUCUCGCACCACUUGCAGUUGGAGUUGCACACAGACCGGAGGCAGUGAAGUCCAUAAUUGCGUCAGGUAAUGAAGUCGAAAGACCCACUGCCACGGCAAGAAACAUCUGGGGUCGUCUACAGGAUCUGUAG